AUGUCAAUGCCUGGUGCACAUCAAGUAGUAGAGAGCAUUCGAACGAUAUUCUUCUACCCGAAAUGGAAGUACGAAGAAUUUCACAAACAUCCGAACGCAACCAUUGCAGAAGCUUUCCGGAAAGGUUACGAAGUGGUGUACGAUCUAGACAACACGAUCGAAAUCUAUCACUGGAAUCGUUUCUCUAAUCAAACGAUUACGAUCGAUCCUCACAACAUUAUCGUACCGGACGAGAUACGUGAUUUGCACGGCUUCGAGUUAGAGCUGUAUCAAAUGGAACACCAUACCAAAGUAAUGACCUUUGAUGCUUACCUUUUAGAGCAGCUUCGUAGCAAGAUAAACGCCACCGCUGUCGUGACGGAUCAUUUGUCAGAACAUGUAGCGAUGAUACCACUAAUAGGCAUGCAUGGCAUCUACUUAAAGGGGUUAGUACUUGGCGUUGGAAACAUUUUCAUGGCAGUAAACGUACCUCGAGCCAAGCCCAAGUCAAUCGUGUCGAUACUGAUCGAUCCUUUCGACAUGUACACAUGGAUCGCAUACUUAAUACUAAUCCUUACAAUGGCCAUUACUCUCUCCUUAUUUGGAGAGCUUCUCGGAAGACGCCGUUUCGUGGAGAUAGUUCUUGAGCUGUUCAUGAUUUCUCUCGCUGGUCCGUCAAGAGCAUAUGGAGGAUCGUUUGAGAAUCGAAUGAUCACUGUAUUCUGUCUUAUGGGAAUAGUGCUCGUAUCGUCCUACCAAUCGCUGGUCAUCUCCUUCAUGUCUUUCGCGCGCUAUCAUCCCGAGAUCAACACGCUGGCGGAGAUACAAGAGCUUUGUCUCUUUAAGGAUGAUAAGGACGCACGAUUUUUCAACUUUAAGACAUAUCCUAAUGGCACCUUUCCUGGCAGUGGAAACGUAUGUUCAUUUGAAAUGGGCAGAGAUAGCGAACAACGUUCCAUAAUGAUAGCUUCAAAUGUUAUCACAGACAGACGCUUGUUUUAUGUUGAAGACUACAUACGUUACAGAGUCCAACAUUUUCGCUACGCUGAUACUAAAUUUUUCGAGUACCAGUUAUGCUAUAUUAUCAAUCCGCAUCUACGAAAGUUAUUUAAAUUCUACAUUCAGGCUAUAUUCGAAUCAGGAAUCUAUGAUCAUCACUACAGCAACAAAUCGCUACCCAGUUUGUUUAUGAAUGAAAAGCACGAUACUUUUGUUGAUCGAGUCGUGAAAGUAGGAGAUCUUACAUUGCUGUGGUAUGCUUACGCGUGCGGAAACUUACUGAGUGUAGUACUUUUCUUAAUUGAAAUAGUUAUUUAUAAUAAACUUGCGGGAUAA